AACUAACGGCUAUUGCAUUUUCAAAAAACUUUCCCCCAAGUGCAGCGAAGAGACAACGAUGGCCGCCGAAACUAGGGUUCAGAUCUUAGAUCCAGAAGCAGAGUUUCUGAAUUCGAAGCAGGAGACUGGUUGUGAGUGGGAGCUUUUCAAGGAGAAUGUCCGACCUCUCAAGAGAGGACGCAAUGUUGGUAUUCUCAACCACGCACUCAAAUCUCACACCGACCACCAGUUGAGGAAGAAUCUCGCCGAGAAACGCCGGAAGUUGAUUGAAGCCAUUGAUGAGUACGAUGGUGAUGACCCUUUAUUUCCCUGGAUCGAGUGUAUUAAAUGGGUUCAGGAGGCUUUUCCACCAGGAGGUGAAUGCUCGGGACUAUUGGUGAUAUAUGAGCAAUGUGUUCGCAAGUUUUGGCACUCGGAGCGUUACAAGGAUGAUCUCCGUUAUCUCAAAGUCUGGUUGGAAUAUGCGGAGCAUUGUGCUGAUGCAGAAGUGAUAUUCAAGUUUUUGGAUGUCAAUGAAAUUGGAAAGACACAUGCUGUCUACUAUAUAGCUCAUGCUUUGCACAUGGAGUUCAAGAAUAAGGUCAAAACUGCUAAUGAGAUCUUCAAUCAAGGAAUCUCUAGAAAUGCUAAGCCAGUGGAAAAGUUGAAUGAUGCGUAUAAGAAAUUCAUGGUGAGAACGAUGAGAAGGUCCAACACAGCUGAUGAAGAACCAAAGGACAAUAAUGACUUACCGUCAAGAAGCUUUGGCACUUUACUGUCCAGGGGAGAUAAUAAUGCAAGAAGGCAGGCGUUAGGAAGUUCUAACCCACAAGCCAAAAAACUAAAGCCAAAUCACUCAUCCAAGACGCCUUUUCCCAUCUACACAGAUGCAGUUUCAGACACUACAUCAGGGAAUCAACCAGAGUCAGACAAGUCAAAACCAGAGUUUGGUAGUUGGCUCAUGCUUGGAGGCCGAGCAGAGAGGAACAAAGAAAACAAUUCUUUACCUAGAAAAUGGGCAGCAUUCAAGGUACCUCAGAAACCCAUAGUGAGAACUGCAGCAGCCUCUGCUUCAACCUUUGAGGUUUUUGUCGAUGAAGAAGAAUGCACCAAAGAAGAGGGAGGAGACAAGAAGAAGAGUGAUGACACCAUCUCAUCAUCAUCAAACGCUCUGCCCCUUAAUGAUGGCCGUGAGAUAAAGAAAGAAACAGAGCUGCUGCGACAGAACCCUUUAAGGCACUUCCCACCCAACAGCUUCUUACGAUGAUGAUGCUAUUGGGCAUUCAUCUCUACACGAUCUUCUGGUUUGAGAUUUGAGCUUUUGUCUAUAAAGCUCCUUGUAAUUUGCCUAUUUGUAUUUUGUGAUGUACUGAGAUUUUUAACAAUGAUAAGCCUUGCUUGCAUGCUUUUGAAAUCUAUUGUUCUUUAAUUGAUCC